UUUGUAGUUAUGGUCGAUCCGUUAAAGAUCUUUUGGGUACUCACAAAUAGCACUUAUCUGGUUACAAAAUUUGUACGCAUUGGUAUUGCCGAUAAAAACGACUCUCCACCGUAUUUCGACAGAUUUCUCUACGAGACAGAAAUUGAUGAGAAUGCCGAUCUACAGACAACUGUACUCACCGUCAAUGCCAAGAAUCACAAUGAUUCCUCGAAUAUUCGAUACCAGAUCACAGGCGGUAACAUAGGCAAUGCCUUCGGCGUACAAAAUACAACUGGCGCGAUUUAUGUUGCCAGUCCACUCGACUAUGAAACCAGACCAAGGUACGAGUUACGUUUGGAAGCAUCGCGCAAUCGCAAAACCAACUACACCACCGUCGUCAUCAACGUACGUGAUGUUAACGAUAAUCCACCGUCAUUCGAUCGUCAAACAUAUCGCACACAAAUCACCGAAGAGGACGAUCGUAAUCUUCCCAAGCGCAUACUGCAGGUUACCGCUACGGACGGCGACGUAGAUAGACCGAUGAGUAUUGUAUAUUUUCUAACCGGUCAGGGCAUCGAUCCGGAUAACACAGCAAAUAGCAAAUUCGAUAUUAAUCGCACAACUGGCGAUAUUUUUGUACUAAAGCCACUUGACCGUGAUCAACCACAUGGUAGGCCACAAUGGCGAUUUACCGUCUUUGCACAGGAUGAGGGAGGCGAGGGUUUGGUUGGCUAUGCUGACAUCCAAGUGAAUCUAAAGGAUAUCAAUGACAAUGCACCACAAUUCCCGCAAGGCAUUUACUUUGGCAAUAUAACAGAGAAUGGCACGGCCGGCUUGUCGGUGAUGACAAUGUCAGCCGUCGAUUACGAUGAUCCCAACGAGGGCACGAAUGCCAAACUUAUUUACUCCAUAGAAAAGAAUGUGAUCGAAGAGGAGACAGGUGCGGCGAUAUUCGAAAUCGAGCCGGAAACGGGCGUGAUAAAGACUGCUGUGUGUUGUUUGGACCGCGAACGCACACCCGACUACUCCAUACAAGUGGUAGCGAUGGACGGUGGUGGACUGAAAGGAACUGGCACUGCAUCGAUAAGGGUCAAAGAUCUGAACGAUAUGCCACCGCAAUUCACAAAAGAUGAAUGGUUUACCGAGGUGGACGAAACGAAUGGCACAGCCAUACCUGAAACGCCGAUACUCACGGUGACCGUGCAAGAUGAGGACGAAACUAAUUCAUUUCAGUACAAAGUGGUGCCGAACAGCGGUUUUGGCGCGGAGAAGUUCGCCAUGGUGCGCAAUACUGACGGUACGGGUUCCUUGAAAAUCACACAACCGCUCGACUACGAAGAUCCAAUGCAGAGCAGUGGCUUUCGUUUUCGCAUACAAGUCAACGAUAUGGGCGAUGACAAUGACAGCGAUAAAUAUCACGUAGCCUAUUCAUGGGUGGUGGUGAAAUUGCGCGACAUUAACGACAACGAGCCGCACUUCGAGCGCGACCACAUCGAAAUGGCCAUCUACGAAGACACCAAAGUGGGUACAAUACUAGAACAAUUACGUGCAACGGACGCCGAUCAGGGGGGUCAUAGUAGAGUUACGUAUCGCAUAGUACGCGCCACAAAUAAGAAACGUCAAUUUGCCAUUAGUCCAAAAGGUGCGGUUAGUGUGCAGCGGCCGUUGGAUCGUGAAGAAACCGACCGACAUUUUGUGCAAAUAUUUGCUGUGGAUGAUGGCAGUACGCCGCGUACAGCGACUGCCACAUUGACGGUGAUAGUGAAAGAUGUAAAUGACAAUGCGCCGGUAUUCGCGAAAGACUAUCGGCCGGUGUUGCCGGAGAAUGUAUCGCCACGCAAAAUUAUCGAAAUAGCGGCGACAGAUGCUGACGAUCGAGCGCGUGGCAAUGGUGGGCCAUUUACUUUUCGGCUCGAUCCUUUGGCCAGUGAUGUGAUACGUGCCAGUUUUAAGGUGGACCAAGACAGACGCGGUGACAAUGGUAAUGGCUUAGCCAUUGUCUCUUCGCUGCGUCCCUUCGACCGGGAACAACAAAAGUCCUACCUCAUACCAAUCGAAAUUAAGGACAACGGCACACCGCCCAUGACAGGCACCAGCACUCUGACAGUCAUUAUAGGCGACGUGAAUGAUAAUAAAAUGCUGCCGGGCAGCAAGGAUGUUGUUGUCUACAAUUACCAAGGACAAUCGCAUGACACGCAAAUAGGGCGAGUGUACGUGCACGACUUGGACGAUUGGGAUGUGCCGGACAAGAAAUACUAUUGGGAGGCGCAAGAGCAUCAGCGUUUCAAAUUGGAUACAGACACGGGCAUCGUUAUGAUGCGUGCGGGCACGCGUCGUGGUCGCUAUCAAUUGCGCUUCAAGGUCUACGAUCGGGAGCAGGGUCAGGUGGAUGUGCCGGCGAACAUGACUGUCGUGGUGCGCGACAUCACUCACGAAGCGGUGCAGCAGGCGGGCUCAAUGCGACUGGCGGGCAUCAGUGAUGAGGACUUUGUGCGCGUAUGGGACUACACACAGCACAAACUGCAACGCUCCAAGCUUGAAAGGUUUCGCGAAAAAUUGGCGGAGCUACUGUACACGGAUCGUGAUUACGUUGAUGUAUUUAGCGUGCAAUUAAAAUCGGAGCAGCCCUUGUUGACGGACGUACACUUUUCUGCGCGCUCUCCCACACAGCAGCCCUACUUUAAGGCAGUGCGUUUAAAUGGUGUGGUGCUGAUGCAUCGCGACGAGAUCGAAAAAGAAGUGGGUAUUAACAUUACUAUGGUGGGUAUUGAUGAAUGCUUGCAAGAGCGUAAGCACUGCGAGGGCUCGUGCACCAAUCAUGUUGAGAUACACAAUCGCACGCCAUAUACGGUGAGUGUGAAUAAAACGGCGGUGGUGGGCGUACGACUUAACACAAGCGCCGAGUGUGUUUGCAAAGCGCGCACCUUCAACCGAGAGGAGACAUGUCGCACGCAUCACUGCUACAAUGGCGGGCGUUGUGUGGAUACGCGCAGUGGGCCAAAGUGUGUCGCGUGCCCUGUGGGUUACAAUGGACCACGCUGUCAGCAGACAACACGCAGUUUUCGCGGCAACGGUUGGGCGUGGUAUCCUGCGCUGCAAAUGUGCGAGCAAUCGCACCUUAGUCUUGAAUUUAUUACCAGCGAAGCGGAUGGACUUAUUCUCUACAACGGACCUAUAGUUCCACCCAAACCGGACGAGCAGCUGCUGCGCGAUUUCAUUGCAAUCGAGCUGGAGCAAGGUUAUCCACGUCUGCUCAUCGACUUUGGCUCUGGCUCUUUGGAGUUGCGUGUGAAAACGAAAAAAACGCUUGACGAUGGCAUUUGGCAUCGGCUGGAUGUGUUCUGGGAUAGCGAGAAUGUGCGCAUGGUGAUUGAUUUUUGUCGCAGCGCAGAAGUGUUUGAGCUGGAGGAUGGCUCGGCACCCGAAUUCGAUGACAACUCCUGCCAAGCGCGUGGUCUAAUACCACCCUUUAGUGAAACGCUGAAUUUGAAUGUACCACUACAGUUAGGCGGUCUGUACCGGCAACACUUCGAUCAAACGCUCUAUCACUGGCAGUACGCCUUCACGUCAAAGGGCUUCGAUGGCUGCAUACGCAAUCUCAUACACAACUCGGAACACUACGAUCUAGCAUUUCCAGCAUUGGCGCGCAAUAGCUAUCCCUCCUGUCCACAAACAGACGAAGUCUGCCUAAAAACCGAGCACACAGCACGUUGCUGGGAGCAAGGUAAUUGCGUUGCGAGCCUAGUACAGGCCAAAUGCUUUUGCCGACCCGGCUGGACGGGACCCACCUGCAAUCUACCCACCAUACCUACCACAUUUAAGCCGCAAAGUUAUGUUAAGUUCGCACUCAGCUUUGAGCCGGAUCGCUUUAGCACGCAACUACAGUUAAGGUUUCGUACACGCGAGCAACAGGGGGAACUGUUUCGUGUUAGCGAUCAACAUCAACGUGAAUACGCGAUACUUGAACUCAGCCGUGGCCACUUACAGUUGCGGUUUAAUUUAAAUUCGCUGCGCACCGAAGAAAAGCGACUGCAACUGAAUGACAUAGCAGUCAAUGAUGGUCAAUGGCAUGUGGUGCGUGUGAAUCGUUAUGGUUCAGCAGCUAUGCUGGAGUUGGAUGGCGGCGAGGGUCGGCGCUAUAAUGAAACAUAUAAUUUUGCCGGGCAUCAGUGGCUCUCUAUCGAUAAGCAAGAGGGCGUAUAUGCGGGCGGCAAAGCGGAGUAUACGGGCGUAAAAACCUUUGAAGUGCAAUCGGAUUUUCAAAGGAGCUGUCUGGAUGAUAUCAGACUGGAUGGCAAACACUUGCCGCUGCCACCUUCAAUGAAUGGUACACAGUGGGGUCAGGCGACAAUGGCGCGUAAUCUGGAGCGUAAUUGUCCAUCAAAUCGACCAUGUUCGAAUGUAAUCUGUCCGGAUCCAUUUGAUUGCGUGGACCUGUGGAAUGAGUAUGAAUGCACUUGCAGCGAGGGUCGCAUUAUGUCCGCCGAUACGAAAGGAUGCGUCGAUCGCAACGAAUGUCUCGAUUUGCCCUGCCUCAAUGGAGCGACUUGCAUUAACCUCGAGCCACGCCUUCGCUAUCGCUGUAUAUGUCCAGAAGGCUAUUGGGGCGAGAACUGUGAAUUGGUGCAAGAAAGUCAACGCCUUAAGCUGAGUAUGGGUGCGCUGGGUGCCAUCUUUGUGUGCCUCAUCAUCAUAUUGGCACUUUCACUUAUCUUCGUGCUGUAUAACCGCAAACGCAAGACAACGAAAAAGAAACGUGCCGGCCCGGAGAAGGAUGUACGUGAGACAGUUAUCAGUUACGAGGACGAGGGUGGUGGUGAAGAUGAUAUGACCGCAUUCGAUAUAACACCACUGCAGAUACCCAUCGGUGCCGGUGGUAAUAUGCCACCUGAUAUUGCGACUUGCAAAAUGCCAAUAAUAUAUCCCGUCAUGACAUUGCUGCCAGGCCAAGAGGUGAACGUCGGCUUUCUGAUGGAGGAGCGCAAAAACCGAUUCGAUAAGGAUCCCAAUGCGCCACCUUUUGAUGAUCUACGAAAUUUCACCUUCGAGGGCAGCGGUAGCAUAGCCGAGUCGCUGAGCUCCUUGGCCUCAGGCACCGACGAUGAGAAUCAAGACUACAACUAUUUGACGAGCUGGGGACCGCGCUUUAAUGCGCUAGCCGCCAUGUAUGUACACCAUGAUCGGACAAAGCUGACGAGAGUGGUAGCAACGAAUGAGGCGGUCAUGGCAGCAGCAACAGCAGCCGCGACGGCUGUGCAAGGCGGCGCGACGACAACCACAUUGGCUGUGUCGACGGCGAUGGGAAUAGGCACAGGAACUGGACCAGGAAUGCUGGCGAAAACGACGGCAGCGGUAAUUGAAGAAGAGGAUGAAGACGAUGAAGAGGAGGACGAGGAGGAGGGAAAUGUGGCAUUAUAAAAUUAGGCCAAAUGGCAGACGCACACGAAGUUAGUGCUAGGCGUGACAGGAAAGGGCCGCUGCAAUGGCAAUGCGUGUAAAUAAAUGCUGGCAGGCGCUCGCUUAGCAGCGAUAUGCUCAUGCAAGUGUAUUGGCUUUGCAGUGAGCGGGGUAAUUAAGGUCAAAGUAAAGAAAUGUUACUUUAGUGAACGGCUUGACAUGUUGGUGGAGAAUCGCCUGGCGCCCAUUAACCGCAGUAAGUCCAGUAUGAAGACUAAGAAAGAAAAAAAAAAAAAAAACAAAUGAAGAAGCCAGCCGAGAGAUACUUGAAACUGGCGUGCGAUGUUAACGGUUGUAGUGGAAGUGUUGCAUAAAAGUGGGUCAGAAAAGCUACAGAAAAAGUUGCAUGCGCAUAAACGAACUUUUUAGAUUUUCGGCAACUAAAAUUUGAUUUGAUUUUGCUUUACAUGAGCAAGUGAAUUUCAUUACAGAUAUGUAAAAUAACAUUGGAGAAAGGCUGAGCAGAACCAAAUGAACCUAAUUUUGUGUAGGUGUAUAACUCUGGACAUACAGAGGCAGUUACGCAAACUGUACACAUACUUAAACAUACACCUAAAUGUAUUUUCGAAAAUCAAAGAAAGAGCAAAAAAAAAGGAACUAAUGCGCUAAGAAUACAUAUGAUAUAUAAACAUACAUAUGUGUGUAUAUACUAUUAGACUGACAGCCAAUUCCGAAUCAAAUAGAUUGAGGGUUUGUGGCGUCAUAAGAAAAUUAACGCAGUUUGGGUGUAAUCAGUUAGUUUAGGGCACGCGACCACUUCGAAAGGUAGCUUAAGAGAUAUUGAAUAAAGUUAUUUACCACAGUUGCGCGCAACUAUUUUACAGCGACGGCAAACUGGAUGCAAACCGAUCGAUUUUUGCCUUUGCUUUCAGAAGUUUUGAGUUUCACACAUUAAAUACAAAU